AUGGCUAGCGGACCUUCAUACCUUGUUGGUAUCGAUUUUGGUACUACGUAUAGCGGAGUCGCCUGGGCACUUGAGGGGUCUCAGGGGUUUGAUGAGGAGAUCACGGUCCUAUCGACAUGGCAGGAUAAAAGCAAUCGAACCUAUGCAAAAGUCCCGUCUGUGGUCGCUUAUGACGACAACUACAUAAGCUGGGGUUACCAGGUUGACUCUUGCGCCGAGGGCUUUCGAGGAGUCAAGCUACUGCUAGAUGAAGACCAGAAACUUGACUAUGCACCUUCGUUGACCUCGAGAAAGCUGCUGAAGAUAUACAAUACAGAUGCGGUGGGAGUCACUGCAGACUAUUUGGAAUGCCUCGUUGAACAUGCGAAAGAGAUGUUGAAGAAAGACCGCCUGAUGCCUGAGAAAUCUACUCUGAAUUUGCGAUUCAUUCUGACCGUCCCCGCCGUGUGGUCUGACAAGGCCAAAGAUGCGACAAUGAGGGCUGCCAUCCAAGCAGGCAUUUCGCCGGAGGAUCUUUCCCUGAUUUCCGAGCCGGAAGCCGCGGCGUUACAUGCGUUGCGCAAGGUUUUGCCAGGUUCAUUCUCUGAAAAUGACACUUUUAUUGUUUGUGAUGCCGGAGGAGGAACAGUGGACCUCAUUUCAUAUCGGAUCAAGACCCUGGUGCCCCUAGAGAUCGUGGAGGUGACCGAGGGAACAGGUCGUGCUUGUGGAUCCAUGUUCUUAGAUGAACGAUUUGAAGACCUCCUUCGUGGUAGAAUGGGGGCCAAGAAAUAUGACUCGCUGUCGAAUGUAUCCAAGGAUGCGGUGCGGACUUACUGGCAGGAACGAGUGAAGCCCUACUACACAGGAGGGCAGAGGAAGAAGACGAAGGUAUCCAUUGCUUCGAGACUAUUGGGGCUCAACUUGAAUCACUCCGAUACAAGCAUUGAGGAUGAAUACGCCGAAACCGAUAAGUUCAUUCCGAUCGCGGGUGCGCAAGACGAUCCAAGAACUCCGAUUGUAGGAGGGUGCUUUCCGCUGAGCCCUGAUGACCUCGAGAGCAUUUUUGAGCCUAUCGUACGGGACGUCGAACAGCUUGUUGCCGGGCAGGUAGCGAAUAUUAAGCGACUGGGACGCUCGACAAAGGCCAUUGUCCUUGUUGGUGGUUUCGGAUCCUCACACUACCUUUUCCGCCGGUUGCAAGAAGGCAACCCAACAGUGAAGAUUUUGCAGCCAGAAGAUGCCUGGUCUGCAGUUGUCAGAGGUGCUGUGCAUCGCGGAUUACAGGGCAACCAAGUCGAAAGCCGAAUUGCUCGUCAACACUACGGCAUGAUAUCCACCACACCAUGGAAGCAAUCCAUUCAUGGAGAAAUGAAUAAACACUGGGACUAUCUGGAGGAAACCUAUAAAGCCGACAAGAUGUCUUGGUUCAUCAAAAAGUCCUUCCCAAUGUAUGAGGACCAGCCGAUCAGUUUAAACUUCUAUUUUAAGAGACGCGUUGAAGACGCCAGAAGACACUUGCUCCAUAAGGUUACUCUUUACUGCUGCAAUGCAGUGGAGGCGCCAAACGUCGAAGACAACAGUAUCAGAGAGCUAUGUAUCGUGGAGGCGGAUCUUACUAGCAUCCCUAGACGUUUAUUUGUGAAGAAGUGCAACUCAAAGGGGGUCGAGUAUUACGAAAUCCACCUUACACUUGUGCUGAAUCCUGCGUCCGCUGCGCUAAUCUUUGAUCUUCAAUUCAACGGGACCUCUUAUGGAAAGGUUCGAUCCAAGUAUUCUUGA